GGAUGAACUGGCUCUCAUCCUUGAACUGGUGCUGGCUGUUCCUAGUGGAGCAAGAGCAGCUCUGGGACUGCAUGGGGUGUUUGAUACUGGCAACGGGGAUGGUUCUGCCUGGCCGGAGCUGCUGCUGCUGUGUGGAGCAGGGGAAGGAAGAGGGGACACUUGGGCAGCACAGACUUUAGAUAGAUUUGCCAGUAUAAGAAUUCCAGGAAGUAAAAAGGAAAGACCUCCUCUGCCCCAUGUGAAGCAGUCACACUCUACAGAUUGGUCAUCCACAGCUAUGGAUGUGGAGGAUUUUGCUCCAAAACCCCUGUCGGAAAGAGAAAUCAUAGCGCUGUUUGAAAAAAUGAUGGAAGAUAUGAAUUUAAAUGAGGACAAGAAGAUGCCAUUGCGAGAGAAGGAUUUUAAUACCAAAAAAGAAAUGGUGAUGCAAUAUAUUAGUACUGCUUCGAAGUCUGGAAGUCUCAAGAACAGUCGGAAGAUUUCACCCCAAGAGUUCAUUCAGGAAUUAAAAUCUGGGUCAACAGAUGAAAGACUAGUGACUUGCUUAGAAUCUCUCCGUGUGUCCUUGACUAGUAAUCCUGUCAGCUGGGUUGAAAACUUUGGCCGAGAAGGUCUGGGACUACUGUUGGAUGUUUUGGAAAGAUUGGUUGACACAAAAAACCAGGAAAAAGUUGUGAAGAGGUGUCAGCAUAAGGUUGUACAGUGUUUGAGAGCCUUUAUGAAUAAUAAGUACGGAUUGGAAAGAAUUUUGGGAGAAGAGAGAAGCCUUUUGUUGCUGAUCAAAGCAAUUGAUCCUAAGCAGACUAACAUGAUGACAGAUAUAGUUAAACUCCUUUCUGCAAUGUGCAUUGUUGGAGAGGAAAACAUCCUUGAAAAAAUUUUGGAAGCUAUAACAGCAGCAGGAGAGGAAAGAAAUGUUGAUAGAUUCUCUCCUAUUGUAGAAGGUCUUCAGGAUAACUCGGUUCAGCUGCAA